CCGUGGCCUUUGUCCGGUGGCUUGGCCCGGACCCCCUGCGAUUUUCUCCCCUCCAAGCGGGACCCCAGACAGUUGCCCUGAUGGCUCUGAGGAGCAUCAGCAUGCAGUUCCUGAGCUGCCGCUGCCGCCACAACCCUCUGUUGAAUGCUUUGCGGGCCCAGGGCACCGUGGCUGCCCCAAAAGAAAAGGAAGGGAAGAAUGAACAGAAAUCAACCAAAUCACCGAAAACCCAGUUUGACUGGCGGGAUUCCUUGCUGCUGGAGGAGCAGCUGACUCAGGACGAGAUCAUGAUCCGGGAUUCCUUCCGCACAUACUGCCAGGAGAAGCUGAUGCCACGUAUCCUCAUGGCCAACCGAAAUGAAGUGUUUCAUCGCGAGAUGGUCACAGAGAUGGGAGAGCUGGGAGUCUUGGGCCCCACAAUCAAAGGUUAUGGCUGUGCCGGGACCUCAUCGGUCGCGUAUGGACUAUUGACUCGGGAAUUGGAACGAGUGGACAGUGGCUUUCGGUCAGUUAUGAGUGUCCAGUCAUCCCUGGUAAUGCACCCAAUCCAUGCCUAUGGGACGGAAGAACAAAAGCAGAAAUAUCUGCCCCGACUUGCAACGGGGGAGCUGCUGGGUUGUUUCGGCCUGACCGAGCCCAACCACGGGAGCGAUCCAGGCAGCAUGGAGACCAGGGCCCGACACAACUCGGCGAACAAGACCUUCACAUUAAAUGGCUCAAAAACCUGGAUUACCAACGCACCUGUGGCCGACCUCUUUGUUGUCUGGGCCAAGUGUGAAGACGGGAAAGUACGAGGAUUCCUGCUAGAAAAGGGAAUGAAAGGUCUCUCCGCUCCGAAAAUUGAAGGCAAAUUUGCCCUGCGAGCCUCCGUCACAGGCAUGAUCCUGAUGGAAGAUGUGGAAGUUCCCGAAGAGAACUUGCUCCCCAGUGUGUCUGGACUCGCUGGUCCCUUUGGUUGCCUCAACACCGCUCGAUUUGGUAUUGCUUGGGGUGCCCUCGGAGCGGCAGAAUUCUGCUUGCACACCGCCAGACAGUAUGCUUUGGACAGGAUUCAAUUUGGAGUCCCGUUAGCCAGAAACCAGCUAAUACAGAAGAAACUGGCAGACAUGCUCACUGAAAUCACCAUUGGACUGCAAGCCUGUCUCCAACUAGGGCGUCUGAAGGAUAAAGACAAAGCCACUCCUGAAAUGGUCUCCAUGCUGAAGCGGAACAACUGUGGCAAAGCUUUGGAAAUAGCCCGCCAAGCCCGUGACAUGCUGGGAGGAAAUGGGAUUUCCGAUGAGUACCACGUGAUUCGUCAUGCCAUGAACUUGGAGGCUGUGAACACCUAUGAAGGUACUCAUGAUAUUCACGCUCUGAUCCUUGGAAGGGCUAUCACAGGACUUCAGGCUUUUACAGUUGGGAAAUAAAUGCAUUCCACCAAGAAGUUGGUGCCCAAACCCCACGACAAUAUUUUGAAACCACUUUAGUUUCACUUUGGCAGGAUCAUCAGUUAUUGCAGUGUCUUUUAGGAAAACUUGGAAACUCUUCUCUUUUUAAAAAUUUUUGCCAGCCAAACUUUUUUGUUAGAGGAAGGUAUUACUCCAUGCCAAAAAUUGGGAAAAUGAUUUCUACAAUUCUAACCUCCCUUGCUCAAAAGUUAUUAUUCAUUUAUACCAUUAAAACUCCCAAAA